UCCUGUCGCCUGAGAUACUGAAAAUACGUCGCGUCGUACUCGGAACGAGUGACUGUUCGGGGACGUUGUUUUUUGUUUUUAAAAUUAUUUUUUAAUCUAUGUCUGCAUCCGUGAUGUUGCAUCCAUAAAUUUUCAAUCCAGAGUUCGUGAGUUAUGUCAGUGAGUUGUUUUUAUUAUUCAAAUGAGAUGGAUGUUGCGUAGCUGUGAUAACAACUGAAAAUGAAUUUCAAAUGUUUAAUAUUACUGAUAGCAGCUAUCGUUAAAAUAAACGUAACAGAAAGUAGACGCGGCGAAGAAAGGAGGAGAUGGAAAAACAACAGAGGUUUUUCGCAUCCUGUCAACAUUUGUGACAUCCAAGACAGAGGGUCUAAAGUACACUGUUAUUGCGAUACAAUAAAAAUAAAAAUGGCUACCAGAGCAGACUGCUGGGUUUUCAAUGGAGGCAUAGCUGUAGACGACCCAUUCUGGUCAACAUUUUACACGCAGCCAAAUGUAGAAAAGCUGGUCUUCAAUGUACGAGCGGACGGUGGACUAACGUACAUACCAACAAAAGUUAUAGCUAAACUUGAACAUUUAAAGUACCUUAAUAUACAAUACGCUAAUAUUUUCAAUAUACCUGCGUUUGCAUUUGAAAAUUCAACGAAAUUAAGAGAAAUAGUCAUGCCUAAAGACAAAAUAAUGAAACUGGAAAAGAUGGCGUUUGCACACUUACUAAUGCUGACGAAUAUAAGUUUGGUGGAAAAUCAAAUAUCGGAGAUAGAACAAGACGUUUUCUAUAUGCUACCAAAUUUACAAAGUUUAUAUCUAUCGAAGAACACGUUGAAUGUACUACACGAUGGUUGCUUUGAACACCUUAGCAAUCUAAUAAAGUUGGACUUGCACAAUAAUUUGUUGACUGUUGUAAUUAGAGAGAACUUCCAAGGCCUAUCUAACCUAAUUACGUUGGAUAUGAGGAAAAACAAAUUAACAAUGAUAGGUGAUUUGGCAUUCGCGGAACUUUGGAAUCUGCAGGAACUUUAUCUGGACGGUAACGAAAUAGAAUUUAUAUCGGAGCGCGGUUUCAGCGGUUUGAGUCAGUUGAACAAACUUUCUUUGCCAGAUAAUAAAUUGAAAACAUUAGAGAAUGGCGUGUUUGGUGAUGUUCAAAAGCUGACAGUUUUGGAUUUGAAAAAUAAUGACUUAGUAACGCUACGAAAGGAGGUCGUUGAGAAGAUUUUAGAAAACAUGAAGACGCAUUACGGUUUAAUCUCUCUGAACGGUAAUAACCUUACAUGUGACUGCCGCCUGUCCUGGCUGCAUACUCUAUACAACGAAACCCAAAGCAAACGACUGAAAACAUCAUUAAAAUACCUAAACUGUAACAUAGAUAAUAAAUUUAAAAUAAGCACAGACACAACCAUAGAUAACACAGAGAACUCAGCGAAACUGAACCUAAACGUUUAUAGGAAAGACUACGAAGAAGUCGAUUUUGAAUACGAUAAAAUUUACGAUGAUGUGAAAAGCCGGGAUGCAGAGGCGAAUAGGAAAGUUUUACAGGUUCUUGACAAGUUGCUGUGCCCGUAUCGAUUACAUUCUGAGGGAACAUACUCACCCCCCACGCAGGACGAGGUCAGGUAUUACCAGGCAUCGUCGAGUGAGAAGACCUGUCUAAAUUCUAUACUGUUGUUGAUUAUUGUGAAGUAUUUUUAGAAGGAAAAGUAUUGUAAAGUAAUAAGUUCAAAAACUAAAACCCGACUAUUGUAAAGUUAAGCAAAACUGAGGGCAAAAGACAACUAUAUCUGUAUAUAAAAUUCUCGUGUGACGGUGUUGGUUGCCAUACUUCUCCGAAAGGAAUA